UUUCGGUGAAGUUAACAUCUAUUAUCGAGUUUAUUUAUUUUUUUUGUUUUAUUUUCUUUAUUAAUUUGUCAUCAUUCGGGUUAAAAACAAGCAACCUUUUCCAUCUUUUGCGAUGGAAGGUAGUGAAGACGAAGAGGAAAUUAACUUUGUUGUUCAACAAAAUGACCAUCAAAACGACAGACAACAAGACAAUCAACAUGACCAUCAACAUGACCAUCAACAACAAUACUCUUUUGAGGAGCAAUUUAAACAGCUCUAUGAGCUGAGUGCGGACCCAAAAAGAAAGGAAUUUUUAGACGAUCUGUUUUUAUUUAUGACCAAAAGAGCUACCACCAUUCGGGUUAAAAACAAGCAACCUCAUCCAUCUUUUGCGAUGGAAGGAAGUGAAGACGAAGAGGAAAUGAGCUAUAUUGGACAACAAAAUGACCAACCCGAUAGACAACAGGACAAUCAACAUGAUAAUCAAUUACAAUACUCUUUCGAGGAUCAAUUUAAACAGCUCUAUGAGCUGACUCCAGACCCAAAAAGAAAAGAAUUUUUAGAUGAUCUGUUUUCAUUUAUGACCAAAAGAGGUACCCCAGUUAAUCGAAUACCAAUCAUGGCCAAACAGGUCCUCGAUCUCUUCGAACUCUACAAACUGGUAGUUCAUCACGGUGGCUUAGUUGAAGUUAUUAAUAAAAAGAUUUGGAGGGAAAUAACUAAAGGCUUGAAUUUGCCUUCGUCCAUAACAAGUGCUGCCUUCACAUUGCGCUCUCAGUAUAUGAAGUAUCUUUAUCCAUUUGAGUGUGACCGAGAAAACUUGUCGACUCCCGAAGAGCUUCAACAAGCUAUUGAUGGUAAUCGAAGAGAAGGUCGAAGAUUAUCCAAUGGUCAAUAUGUAGACGUGGCUUUAUCACUAGCUGCUGGUGGGUCGGGCAUUUCGGGUAAUUCAAUAGUUGGUAAUAAUGGUUCUAUGGGUAAUGGUGGUCAUACUAAUGGGGGUCCUGCUAAGGGUCACCCGUCCAACGGUGGACACACCGCACACAUCAAAACUGAAACUGGAGGUUCGGGUUCGGGUUCAGCUUUCAGUGGUGGUUUCCUAUUCAAUGGUGGCCCGUCUAAUGGAGGACCUUCUAAUGGUCGACCGACCAACUCUGGACUGCCCUACCUUGGUAUGACUGUAACUCAACCCUUAAGUUUAGUUAAACGAAACUCGACUGCAACUCCUUCUGGUGCCUCAUCGAGUGAAGAGGAUAGUGUACCAAUUCAUUCCCUUUCACGCAAUCCUAUGCUUGCCUUAGCCUCUGCUCAAGCCAUAGCUUCGGCUCAAGCAGUGGCACUCAAUUUGGAGCCUAAACGAGCUAUGAAUGGACGACAGAUUGAUCCGAAUAGAGAUUUACACAAUAAUAAUCACCAAAAUGGCGCAGGUUCUUUUAAGGUUAAUGGUUCAACAGUUAGACAUGCAUCUUCACUUUCACCUUCACCUUCACCUUCACCUUCACCUCCAUCAUCUUCAUCUUCCUCGACAUCUCAUAAUCAGGGAAUAGAUAGAAAUAUUCCUGAAGUGGAAAGGAUUCUGAUAAAUGCAGGAAUGCCGGCCAUGCACGUUAAAAUAGACACAAACGAAGGACGAGAUUCAACUGACAGUUCAUUGCGUGUAAACAUGGAAAUCAAUAACAUGACUUACUCAGGAGUCCUAUUUCCACGUAUGAAUUAACCAUAAAACAACGAAAUAAAAUCGGCGAAAAAAUAAGGUUUCAUUUGAGAUAUCAAAAAAUAUUUUAUACCAUUUUGCAACAAUUACAUGUUGAGUUUGUCACCUUUUCAUUCUUUCAUAUCAACUUCAACUCAUGUAACAAUUAAGAUUAAAGGUUGUCUCCAAUUAAAAAGAUAACUUAAUUACCAACUGAUUUACAUAUUAAAUAAGCCAAAGAUUUGGAUAAAUGUCAAAAAAUUAA